GGUAAGGACUGGAAGGGUGAAAGUCACUGACAACAAAUCUGACAAGAUGCCUCUGAUAAUUGACCACAAUUUCGACGGAGCAAAGAAAGGAAGAGGAUGUUGGAUUUUAGUGUGUUGGAUUGGAGCCGCUGUAGUGUGUCUGCUGCUUCUUCUGCUGUCACUCAUCUUGAUGGCCCACAAUUACAGCACAAUCAGUCAUUGGGACAACAAGUAUGAAAACCUGAUUUACAACCUGACAAAAGACAGAAAAGGCACUUUGAAAAAUCAGCCAAACUUUCAAAAAGUCAACUUCAGCGGCCUGAUUCAAGACCAGAACACUCUAAAAGAUGAGCGAGAAGCCCUCAAACAAGAGAGAAAUGAGCUGAUGAACUACACGGACAGCCUGACAAAAGACAGAGAUGAUCUGAAAAUGGAGCUAGGGGCUUUGAGAAAAGAACAAGACCAGCUGAAGACUCACCUCAGCGAUCUGACUAAAGAGAUAGACACUCUAAGGGAUGAGCGUGAAGUUCUGAAAGCUGAGCGCACUGCCCUGAGAAAUGAGCAAAAUCAAUUCAUGGUACAAUUCAACAAUCUGACACGAUACAAAGACUCUCUCAAAAAAGAACGAGAUGCUCUGAGAGACGAACGAGGGAAUCUGACAGUGGAGCGUGGGGUUCUGAAGGAUGAACGAGACCAUCUGAAGAUGCUGACCUUCAACCUGACGAAGGACAGAGACACUCUGAGGGAUGAACGAGACGCCUUCAGAAAUGAACAAGAUCAGCUGAAGAUUCAAGUUAAUAGCACGACCAGAAACAUAGAGACUCUGAAGAGCCAAUACGGAGCUGUGGUUGCAAGUCGAGAUAAGCUUCAAGAGGAGGCCAACCAGAUAAAGCUCAAACAAACAGCUAAAACCUGCCAACAAGGGUGGACUUUGUUCAACAACAAGUGCUACUACUUUUCUUCUGGAGCACCGGCUAAAACCUGGCAAGAAAGCCAACAAGACUGUGUAGUAAGAGGAGGGCACCUGGCAAUGCCAAAAACACAUGCUGAGCGGGUUUAUGUCAGCAGAGCUGAACAGUAUAUCUGGAUCGGUCUGUCGGACAUUGUGCAGGAAAACGUGUGGCUGUGGAUGGACGGGACUGAACUGACAGGCAAUGGAAACUGGAGACCAGGGGAACCUAAUAAUAUUGGAGAAGAGGACUGUGUGGGGCUUGUGCGUAAAGAUGCAAGGAUCAAUGAUUUUAAUUGUCAAAGAAAACAGCCAUGGGUGUGUGAGGCCUAAGGUUCAGUAAUGGGUGAUUACACUGUCUGGAAAUAAGGAAUAAUUCAUUUUUCCUUUUGUUACUUUAUUUGCUGGAUAUAAAGCAGACUGGAUUCUUCUAUUAUGUAUUGAAUUAAAUCUUGUUAGUUAUUAAGAGAUGAUUAAAAAAUAAAAUAUUACAGAAAUGUUCUCACAUAUGUCACAAUGAGUUGUCAUUAUAUAAUUAUUAAACAUCAUAAAAGUUCAGUGUUUUUUUAUGCCACUGUCACUUCUUAAAUUAAACAAA